CGCUAUUUCAGGAAGUGGCGUUUGCCAAAGUUUUAAAUUUAUUUUUUUAAUAGAGAUUGACCUGGAUUUUUUGUAAUUUUCAAUUCUAAUAGGACCACAGUGGCCAAGGAAUUGGUUGAGUAACGUUUUCGAUACUUAGCUUUAAAUUAAAGUAUCUUAACUUACAUUUUUAACUUUAGCUAGCAUGGAAAUAAACUAACCGUUAAGUUUAUUAAUCAAGCGGACAUUUAAAUCCCAGUACAAUUGACCGUCCUACAGUGAAGAACAUCAAAUUGAAAACUUUUUGUUAUUACUAAUUAAAUAUUUAUCUAUACGAAAAAAAUAUUAGGCUAACACAUUUUCCAUAGAUAACCCGCCACAGGGCGGUGCUGCUGCACACACGUUUGGGUCAAUUUUGACAUGUGGCCCUUAAACUAGGAUGUUUGUAGGCUACGUUGCAGAUCACAAUAAACAGCUGAUAAAAUGAUAGCGUUUUUAAGUAAGGUUCUAAUCCUACGCAAGUUUACGAAUUUUCUGUAGCCUAAAUGACACAGGAGCAGUCUGCAACGCGUACGAUGGCGACAGUAAGCAUUAACAAAACUAUUUAAACUCAAUGUGUGUUAUAGAGGAACCGCUGCAUAUUUACUGUAGUUUAAUGCAGUAGGCUACUUUGAAUCAUCGCGGCCUACAAUAACGUGCUCCCUGGCACAGCUGCCUGCCUCACCUGCCUCUGGGUGAGGGAACAUUGGACCAGGGAUUAUAACGGGAGGAUUACGCGCCACCGUGAAACUGUUGUCCUCCAUGCAGUCACAGGUAAUCCAAUCACUGGUAACCUUCCAGCACCGCUCCGACGACUCAUUUCCUCUCGAAUCGCCGAGGAGCGAGGGCAGAAGACGGCGAAAUGACGCCCCAGGGAAGUGCCAGGUGACAGAAUGCCGUUUAUUGUAAGAGGACGACCCCUGAGGGCGAUGACUUGGAUUUGACGCUGGUCUUUUCAAUGUGGAUUCGAGGAUGCAAGAAGCAGAUGAUCAGGCUGAAGGGGCACAGUAUGCCAGCAACAGAAGGACCACUCCCUCAGCUGAUGCCUCGGCAGUCUGGAAAGAAAGCCACACCCAUCUGCACCAGCUCCAUCCCCCAGACCCUCAGCAGGCCCCCUCCAGCACCGGCAAGCCCGUUGGCUCAUCUCAUGGCCUCCUCGGAGCAAACAGCAGCAUUGAGGGUCCCGGGGCUACUGGUUCUGGUGUUAGCCCUGUCCUCGCUUGGCAUGCCGCUAUUACCGCUGCUCGCCAAGCGCAGGGCGAAGCUGCAAAGCCCGACGUGAGCUCCCAACCCUCAGUUUGCACCACCGGAGCCGCUCCCGUAGGCUCACUGGCACAGAGGAAGAGGCAGCAGUAUGCCAAAAGCAAAAAGCAGGGGGGGUCCACCAACAGCAGACCACCCAGGGCUCUGUUCUGCCUCACCCUCAACAACCCCAUCCGCAGGGCCUGCAUCAGCCUGGUGGAGUGGAAACCAUUUGAUAUCUUUAUUCUGCUGUCUAUUUUUGCCAACUGUGUGGCCUUAGCCAUCUACAUCCCCUUCCCCGGAGACGACUCCAAUUCUACCAACCAAGAACUGGAAACAGUAGAAUAUGCCUUCCUGAUCAUUUUCACUAUAGAGACAUUUCUGAAGAUUAUUGCCUAUGGCCUGGUUAUGCACCAAAACUCCUACGUCAGAAAUGGCUGGAAUAUGCUGGACUUUGUCAUCGUCAUAGUGGGGCUGUUCAGCGUGGUUCUGGAGAUGAUAACCAAAGACGCUGACUCUGGUGGCCAGUCUGGAGGCAAACCUGGGGGGUUUGAUGUCAAGGCCCUCCGAGCCUUCCGAGUUCUACGACCCCUUCGCCUUGUCUCUGGAGUUCCUAGUUUACAGGUGGUUUUAAACUCCAUUAUUAAAGCCAUGGUUCCUCUGCUGCACAUUGCUCUACUGGUCCUAUUCGUCAUUAUCAUCUAUGCCAUCAUCGGCCUGGAGCUCUUUAUUGGCAAAAUGCAUGCCACAUGCUAUAUGAUCAAAACAGGUGCCCUCGCAGAAGAGGAGCCCACGCCGUGCGCGGUAUCGGGGCACGGACGUCAUUGCCCGCUCAACGGCACCGUUUGCAGAGAGGGCUGGCAGGGCCCCAACAACGGCAUCACCAACUUUGACAACUUUCUGUUUGCCAUGCUCACGGUGUUCCAGUGCAUCACCAUGGAGGGGUGGACUGACGUCCUCUACUGGAUGAAUGAUGCAAUGGGAUUUGAGCUGCCGUGGGUUUACUUUGUCAGUCUGGUCAUCUUUGGAUCCUUCUUUGUUCUCAACCUGGUUUUGGGUGUCCUGAGUGGAGAGUUUUCCAAGGAGCGAGAGAAGGCCAAGGCUCGAGGAGACUUCCAGAAGCUACGCGAGAAGCAGCAGCUUGAGGAAGACCUGAAGGGCUACUUGGACUGGAUCACCCAAGCCGAAGACAUUGACCCAGAGAAUGAGGAAGAAGGAGAUGAAGAGGGCAAGCGUAACCGGGUCACGCUGGCUGACCUCACUGAGAAGAAGAAAGGAAAGUUUGGCUGGUUCACUCAGUCCACAGAGACACAGGCCAGCAUGCCCACUAGCGAGACAGAGUCUGUGAACACAGAUAAUCACAACGGAGAUGAAGACAAAUCGCACUGCUGUGGACCUCUGUGUCAAAAAAUUACUAAGUCAAAAUGCAGUCGUCAGUGGCGGCGGUGGAACCGUUUUUGCCGCAGGAAGUGUCGUGCAGCUGUGAAGUCCGUGACCUUUUACUGGCUGGUCAUCAUCUUGGUGUUUCUCAACACUCUCACCAUCGCAUCCGAGCACUACAACCAACCGGAAUGGCUGACUGAAGUACAGGAUGUGGCGAACAAAGUUCUCCUGGCCAUGUUCACCUUGGAGAUGCUAGUGAAGAUGUACAGCUUGGGGCUGCAGGCCUACUUCGUGUCCCUGUUCAACCGCUUUGACUGUUUUGUGGUGUGUGGAGGCAUCAUAGAGACCAUCCUGGUGGAGCUGGCCAUCAUGUCCCCUUUAGGGAUCUCCGUUUUCCGCUGUGUGCGCCUCCUUAGGAUCUUCAAGGUUACACGUCACUGGGCGUCUCUCAGUAACCUCGUGGCUUCUUUGCUCAACUCCAUGAAGUCCAUUGCCUCUCUGUUGCUGCUGCUCUUCCUCUUCAUCAUCAUUUUCUCCCUACUUGGCAUGCAGCUCUUUGGGGGCAAGUUCAAUUUUGAUGAGACUGUGACCAAAAGAAGCACAUUCGAUAACUUUCCCCAGGCCCUGCUCACUGUCUUCCAGAUCUUGACAGGAGAAGACUGGAAUACUGUGAUGUAUGAUGGCAUCAUGGCGUAUGGGGGUCCAGCCUCUUCUGGAAUGGUGGUCUGCAUUUACUUCAUCAUACUCUUCAUCUGUGGAAACUACAUCUUGCUAAAUGUCUUCUUGGCCAUCGCCGUCGACAACCUAGCAGAUGCAGAAAGCCUCAACACGGCCCAGAAGGAGGAGGAAGAGGCCAAAAAGAGGAAGAAUAGUAUCAGGGAUGUUGUCACAGAGAAGAGAGUUGAAGUAACCGAAGACAAAGAUGGCGAAGCUAAGGUGGCAGGAGACGCUUUGCUAGAAGAAGACAAAGAGUUGUAUCCUGCCAUGGACUCUCCAGGGUGUGGUGAUGAUUAUAAUGAUGAUCUCCCAGAAGUCCCCUCUGGACCUCGUCCCCCAAGACUAUCUGAACUCAGCAUGAAGGAAAAGACUCCACCCAUACCUGAGGGCAGCGCCUUCUUCAUCUUCAGCAGUACGAACCCGUUCCGUGUACUCUGCCAUAAGCUGAUCAACCACCAAAUCUUCACCAACCUCAUUUUGGUCUUCAUCAUGCUCAGCUCUGUUUCUCUGGCCGCCGAGGACCCCAUACGCAAUUUCUCUGCUCGGAAUAUUAUACUUGGUUAUUUUGACUAUGCUUUCACCGCAAUCUUUACUGUUGAGAUCCUGUUGAAGAUCCUAGGCUAUGCAGACUAUGUCUUCACUAGUAUGUUUACAUUUGAGAUCCUUAUUAAGAUGACGGCGUUCGGAGCAUUCCUUCACAAAGGCGCGUUCUGCAGAAACUACUUUAACCUUUUGGACCUGCUCGUUGUUGGCGUGUCUCUGGUGUCUUUUGGCAUUCAGUCAUCUGCUAUCUCAGUGGUGAAGAUCCUUCGUGUUUUAAGGGUCCUUCGUCCACUCAGAGCCAUCAACAGAGCCAAAGGGCUUAAGCAUGUGGUCCAGUGCGUGUUUGUGGCCAUCAGGACCAUUGGCAACAUCAUGAUCGUCACCACGUUGCUGCAGUUCAUGUUUGCUUGUAUCGGAGUGCAGCUCUUCAAGGGGAAAUUUUACCGAUGCACGGACGAUGCAAAGUCCAGUCCAGAGGAGUGCAAAGGCACAUACAUCCUCUACAAUAAUGGCGAUACAGCAAUGCCUGUGGUGAAGGAGCGGAUCUGGUACAACAGCGACUUCAACUUUGACAACGUCCUUAUGGCAAUGAUGGCUCUUUUUACUGUAUCCACCUUUGAGGGAUGGCCCACUUUGCUGUACAAGGCCAUCGACUCCAGCAGGGAGAACAUGGGUCCCAUCUACAACUACCGUAUCGAGAUCUCCAUCUUUUUCAUCAUAUACAUUAUCAUCAUCGCCUUUUUUAUGAUGAACAUCUUUGUUGGUUUCGUGAUUGUCACCUUCCAAGAGCAGGGAGAGAAAGAGUACAAGAACUGCGAGUUGGACAAGAACCAGCGUCAGUGUGUGGAAUAUGCCCUCAAAGCUCGUCCUCUGCGGCGAUACAUCCCCAAGAACCCCUAUCAGUACAAGUUCUGGUAUGUGGUCAACUCCACUGGAUUUGAGUACGUCAUGUUUGUCCUAAUCAUCCUCAACACCCUGUGUCUGGCGAUUCAGCAUCACGGUCAGUCUCAUCUGUUUAACUACGCCAUGGACAUCCUCAACAUGGUCUUCACUGGGGUUUUCACUGUGGAGAUGAUCCUCAAGCUCAUUGCCUUCAAGCCCAGAAACUAUUUUGCUGAUGCAUGGAACACAUUUGAUGCCUUAAUUGUUGUGGGUAGCGUGGUUGACAUUGCCAUCACUGAGAUCAAUUCGGCAGCCAUUCCUGUUGUCAAGGUGAUAGUGGACCCAGGGAACACGGAGGACAGCGCCCGCAUCUCCAUCACCUUCUUCCGCCUGUUCAGGGUCAUGCGACUGGUCAAGCUGCUGAGCAGGGGCGAGGGCAUCAGGACCCUGCUGUGGACUUUCAUCAAGUCCUUCCAGGCUUUGCCCUAUGUCGCGCUCCUCAUAGCCAUGCUGUUCUUCAUAUACGCUGUCAUCGGAAUGCAGGUGUUUGGGAAAAUCGCCAUGGUGGAUGGAACUCAAAUCAACCGCAACAACAACUUUCAAACUUUUCCUCAGGCUGUCCUCAUGUUAUUCAGAUGUGCCACAGGUGAGGCCUGGCAGGAGAUCAUGCUGGCCUGUCUGCCAGGGAAGCUGUGUGAUUCAGAGUCUGACUACAACCCCGGGGAGGAGAGAACCUGCGGCAGCAGCUUCGCAAUUAUCUACUUCAUCAGCUUCUACAUGCUCUGCGCUUUUCUGAUCAUCAACCUAUUUGUAGCUGUGAUCAUGGACAACUUUGACUAUCUGACGCGUGACUGGUCCAUUCUGGGACCACACCAUCUGGAUGAGUUUAAAAGGAUUUGGUCCGAGUACGACCCUGAAGCCAAGGGCAGAAUAAAGCAUCUUGAUGUGGUGACCCUGCUGAGGAGGAUCCAGCCUCCACUGGGCUUUGGCAAGCUCUGCCCCCAUAGAGUGGCCUGCAAACGUCUGGUGGCAAUGAACAUGCCCCUGAACAGUGAUGGGACCGUAAUGUUUAACGCCACCUUGUUCGCUCUGGUUCGUACUGCGCUUAAGAUUAAGACUGAGGGUAACCUGGAGCAAGCCAAUGAGGAGCUCAGAGCUGUCAUCAAGAGAAUCUGGAAGAGGACCAGUAUGAAGCUCUUGGACCAGGUGGUGCCCCCCGCAGGCGAUGACGAGGUAACAGUGGGGAAGUUCUAUGCCACCUUCCUGAUACAGGAUUACUUCAGGAAGUUCAAGAGGCGCAAGGAGCAGGGUCUCGUGGGAAGGCGCUCGUGGGAGAGACUGAACACCACCAUGGCUCUGCAGGCCGGCUUGCGCACCCUGCAUGAUAUUGGGCCAGAGAUCCGUCGAGCCAUAUCAUGUGACCUGCAGGAGGAAGGGCUGGUAGACACGAACGGGGAGGAAGACGAAGAAAUUUACAGGCGUAACGGUGGUCUUUUUGGGAACCACGUCAACCAUGUAGGAGAGGACCAAGGCACCGCUCACCCAACCACCGUCACACAGCGGCCCCUCCAGAUCCUGCCCUUCUGCCCUAGCGCCUCAUUUGAGCCCAACCAAACCGACAGGAGGGCCAGCAGCCAUGAGGGGGAAGGAGACACAGAGAUAAACUCCUCUCCCAUCCAGUACAACCACAACUAUCACCCCCCUCAUCUGUACAAUUACCCGAACUGUAAUUCCACUUGCCAUCAGUCGCCAAUACCCUCCAAUGCCAACCUCAACAACGCCAACGUGCCCUCACUUCUCUCCAUGACCAACAGGAGGCAACAGAAGUGUUUGAUAAAGCCAGACCGCCCGUCCUCUAUUAAAAAUCAAUCAUCAGUGUCUACUCAUACCAGCGAAGCGCGGGAGAAGUCCUGGAAGUCACACUCCGCACGGACCCGUUACUAUGAAGCCUACAUUAGGUCAGAACACGAUGGUGGACUUUACCCCACUAUUUGUCGAGAGGAGUCUGGGGCCAAGGAGAGUGACGACGAGAGAGCCUCUGGAUAUUUGGGUGGAGAGGAGUUCCAUGAGGAUGACAUCAUGCUCACAAGAGACAGGUUGUCCAGUAAGCAGUGCUGCGAUACAGGGGCAGUCUGUGACCUUGAGGUUUUUAGGCCUGAUCGAAAGUCGGAUAGUUACUAUGACGACGACCAACGGCCAAUUUACCAAGAGAGUGGACGGUCGCCCAGGAAAUGGUUUUUACUUUCACCUCAAGUCUCCAACAGACCAACGUUUAGUUUUGAGUGUCUUCGCAGAAAAAGCGAGGAUGACGCCCCCCCCUCGCCGUCGUGUGCAGCGCUUCCACUGCACCUGGUGCAGCAGCAGGUGAUGGCGGUGGCCGGACUGGACGCCAGCAGAAUUCACUGCCGGUCUCCGACCAGGUCUCUCCGCUCCUGGGCCACUCCUCCUGCCUCACCCCUCAGCCGAGACUGCUCCCCUUGCUACACACCGCUCAUACAGGUCGACUGGAGAAGUUCCGGUAGCGUCGGCAACAUCCCUGGAGCAGUGAGGAGGAGUUUGUGGUACACAGACGGGUCCCCGAGCCGCAGCCACUCUCCGUCGCGUCUGCAGUUGCCUGCGGAGACGUGCCCUCACUUCCUGCAGAAGAGAGGCAGCGCCAACAGUCUGGUGGAGGCAGUGCUGAUUUCUGAAGGUCUGGGAAAAUAUGCCAGAGACCCAAAGUUCGUGUCCGCGACCAAGCUCGAGAUCGCAGACGCCUGCGAGAUGACGAUCGACGAGAUGGAGAGCGCCGCCAGUAAUCUGCUGAACGGGAGUAUGGGGAGUGGGAACAGUGGGAACAGUGGGAACAGUGGGAACAGUGGGGAAACGGGGAACGCCAGCCUGGACCCAAACGCCACUGCGCUUCUUAGAGACUGCAGCAUCCGCGACUACAGCGACGAGGAGCCGUACGUGACGGUGAAAUGCGAGGAGGACCUAACGGAUGAGAUGAUAUGGAUCACGUCGCUAUAGCGACGGCUCCCGCGGGGAGUUUUUAGGUUUUUUCAAUUGAAUUUCUAUAUGUUGUUCCACAUCUGUGCGUCCUGAGGACAGAAUCUGUAACACAUAGAUGGACAGGAGAACAAAGUGCCUUGUUUUCUCUUUUCUGGGGAGCGAAGAGUUAAAAAUGCUGGAGAGAAACUGUUGGAUCUAUACAAAGCUGAGAUAAAUUUACCAAAUAUUGAACCCAGUGGGAAUCAAAUCUGCCACUCUGACUGCUGCUUAGCAGGAAUUUAGGAGACUCCUUAGAAGUAGUGUUUCAUUUUCUUUUCUUACUAACAACGGUUUAAUUCAGAGCCAAUCCAAAGUUGGUAAAAACAACCCAGCUGUUGAUAUUUACUCUGACAUGCACUGUUUAUACUGUAUGAAUAGUCAUUCACAUGUGGCACUACUCCAAUACUACUGACAUGGUUCUUCAAUUUGAAACUAAUUUUACUAAAUUGUUAACAGACAUUUCCAGAAGACACAUUGUUUAUGAGGCAUCUGUGGCAUCUCCAAAGGAAACUGACAAAGAUGUGUUUGUGAAUGGGCCCAGAUGCUGUAUUCAGCAGACAUUCAUGUAAAUAAACUAUGUUUUCGCUGCCAAUAGUCACAUUAUGCUCUUCACGUUGUCUGCAUAAUGUUUUUGGCCUCCAUGACUGCGAUUGCUUGAAAACACACACACGUUUGUACAUUAAUGCGCUCUAGCUGAUCUCAGUGCAGCGUGACGAUCAGGCUGAGCCGGGUCAGUCCAGCCGGUGAAUCUGGGAGCUGCUCUGGGUUCAAACUUCAGGGAUUCAGGGUUAAAUGUUGCUUGUCUCUGUUUUGACUUGAAAAGGAAAAAUCACAUAUCAGAAAAAGACCCAUUGUCCUCAGGCAUAUCGUCUUGUUUCAUGUGCAGACUGGCACGACACAGAAGAGCUGUGAGUUUCUCCCCUUCACACCACGAAAAUAACUCUUUACCUUAAGACCAAGAAGAAAAUUAGGAAUUUAAUUGAACAUUUCAUGCAUUUUAACCAAAAUGGAAGAGACCUUUACAUUAUUAAAACUGAGUUACUGAGUUUUCACAGACAAUUUUUUUGGGAUGUGACUAACACUUUAGAUUUCCAUAUAACAUAUAGGUGCAGGAGUCAUAACAGUGUGGUGAGUUUAACUAAUGACUAAUAGUGACUAAUGUGCUUUAAAGUACAUUUCUGAAGGCUAUGAAAACAGGUGGUGCUGUCUCAUACACCUGUCUCAUUCUCCUGCUGAGUCAGGUCUGACGUUAUUUGAGUCAUGACUGGAUUAAUAUCUUACUGCCUCCGGCGUUGUUUGCAGGUUCAUGUCCUACUAAUAGUUUCUCUGAGUUCCUUCAAAGCUGCUGUCUGCAUGGAUAUUUAAAAAGUUGCAAGAGAAACGACGACUUUAUUAUUUGUAUUUGACCGUAUAUAAAUUGGGGUGUAUAUAGUGUGCUCUUGGACUGAGGUGAUUGUUGUUCGUUGCCUUUUGUAUUUGUUUACUAUUGUCCCACCACCAGUUUGAGUGAAUAACAUUUAAAACAUAGCUUAAAAAGACUCUGUUCUGUCCUCAGCCACUGCCAAUGGUCAUUAUGUCUUUAGGUGAAACAGCAACACUGGGUCAGACAUCUCUGCUUUCCUCUUUUAUCAACCUAAAUGCUGUUGUGAGGGCAACUUGGUCGAUCUGCGUUAUUAAAGGGCUCCUUCAAAUAUAAAACCAAAACAAAAGAUAUUCGUUUGCUGCUGGACUCAUUGGAUAAAAUGAAGUCCUGUUGCCAUGUCCUAACUAUGGAAUAAGUCGGGUAAACGGGAAUGUUCAACAGUAGUUUCUGACUUUUUCAGGUUUUUAGUGGCCAAUACAGAUAAAAAAAAGACUUAUGCAUUUUCUAUUUGCAUGUAAAGUGUGUAUAAAGUUUAUGGCUAAUAUUAUUGUUAGUACAUCUCUAACCAACCUGGAGGCUUAUUCACUUGUUCUUAAACAUUUCUGGGCCAUCGAUCAGCUGAUACAGACGCUGUGGGACACGCUGUAGUGUGCUGCACCGUUGGUUGGACACACAAAUAAAAAUAAAAGGGUUCGCUUGUAUUUGAGUCGGCCGCGUUUACUUCAGCUCCUACAGCUCUUGUCAAACAACGUGUGUAGUCUAACAAUCAUUUUGAGAACAAACCAAUGCAAAUUACUCGAUCACUACAAACGUUUUGUGUAUAAAGUAUAAACAGUAUAAAUGGGACUAUUUUAAUUAAAACCAAUUUGUUUAUUUAACUUGGAAGUUGGAAACUCAUUGGCAGUAAAACCACAAAUAUAAAUUCCAGAUGAUUUUCAGUACAACUUAUUACAGAAAUUAAUCAUGAAACAACUCACAACCACUGCUUUAUAACAACAAUGUAUAAAAUCUGUAUAGUGUUUGUAAAAAAUAUGUGAUGAACUUCAACAUUACCGCUUUCUACCCACCUGUUGUAUGAAUAUUAAAAAAAAUCUACUUUGUAGCAAGUAUUAGUAACUUAUAGAUUUUGUACUAUUAUAAACAAAAACUGGUUUUGUAUAUUUGAAUUCUCGCUUGAAACGACAAGGAAUCUGCUUUUUGUAAGAACCACUGAAUAAAGUCAUGAGGACAAAGUCUG